GACAUGAGGUCAGUAACCGCGAGGACAUCGUAAAGAGCUUUUUGAAUGUCGUUGAUGAGUUCAUCAGCGACUCCAGUAACGGCGACAAGUUAAUUGGCGUCCACUGCACGCAUGGCCUGAAUCGUACUGGCUACUUGAUAUGUCGGUAUCUUAUUGACAGAAUGGGUUGGACAGCUGAACGUGCCAUAUCGCUGUUCGAGUUCUCACGAGGUCACCCAAUAGAACGUGGACAUUACAAGAAAAGUUUAUAUGACGCCGAAAAACGGAUAGCGGAGGGUUCAUCGCCUUCUUCUUCACCAAAACAGAUUGCUGCUUAG